UUUUCUUUUGAUAUGUUUUUAUGUUUCUUCUUGCUGUACUUUUUGCCUGCAUGUCUAAAGUGUUUCUAUUUGAACUGAUAUGCAAAUAUACUAUAUUAUAAAAAUCCUCAUUAGAAAUAGUUGUAGUAAUUUCUGUCAGAAUAUGCCAGAUAGAGAACUAGAAAACAUGACAAUGGUGCUAGAGAUGACAGAAGAAAAUAGGACCUGGCAGUUUGUCUGUGGUUUUUAAGAACGUGACGCAAGAUAGUUUGUCUAGAAGUAUUGAGCUUGCCAGCCAGACACACAAAGAGCAAGCAGCUGAGAGACUUAACUUUGAUCACAAAAUGGAGACGUAUGACAGCAACAGGUACUUCUACAGCGAUGACAUGCUGUACAAUGUCAGCUACGAUCUAACCUACCUUGGGGAGCGCUCCAGCUCCAGUCUUCCCUAUUCUCACAUCUACCUGCCACUGCUGUAUUUCCUCAUGUUUUUCACAGGCUUCCUGGGCAACCUCUUUGUGAUCACAGUCAUGGGCAGCCGGGGGAAGAGAGGUGGCCGUCUGGUGGAUACGUUUGUGGUUAACCUGGCACUUGCGGACCUGGUGUUUGUCCUCACCCUCCCUCUGUGGGCCGUCUCGUCCAGUCAGGAGGGACACUGGCCUUUCGGCAACCUUCUCUGCAAGUUGAGCAGCUACAUUGUUGCCGUCAACCGCUUCUCCAACAUCUUCUUCCUGACCUGCAUGAGCGUGGACCGCUACCUGGCCGUGGUGGGACUCAUGGACUCCCGCUUUCUCCGCAGCAGCCAGUGUGUGCGUCUCAACUGCGCCGUGGUCUGGCUGCUGUCCCUGGCUCUAGGUACCCCCUCCCUGGUGUACCGUAGCAUGUAUACUCCCAACGGCAAACUCUUCUGUCUGGAGGAUGAAGAGUCAUCCUUCUUCCUGGGUCUGAGCCUGACCAUGGUCUUCCUGACCUUCGCCCUGCCGGUGCUCAUUAUCAUCCUCUGCUACGGUUCUAUCCUGGCCCACCUGCGCCAACACUGUGUUUCUGCUGGCAACCCUCGCGCAGAAGCCCGACGCCGCCACUCUCUCAAGAUGGUCUUCACCAUAAUCGUGGCCUUUGUGGUGUCUUGGCUUCCCUUCAACAUCUUCAAGACCAUCCUCAUUGGUUUCAGGCUGUCUAGGGCCGAUCUGAGCAUUGAGACACAGUCUGUCUUGAGUCAGGGCCUCACACUCUCCUGCUGCUUGGCCUUCCUCAACAGCUGCAUAAACCCAGCCAUCUACCUGUUCCUGGACCACCACUUCAGAGGGCAGGCGGAGAACCAGUUCCUGAGCUGCGUGGGAAAGCUUGGGCUACACCAAGGCUAUGCCUCGUCCACUGACUUCUACAACGGUACCUCAGAUAGCUGCGGCACAACAGCCUCCAGAACUCGUCUCCAGCCACUUGACCAGAAUGUCUGAUAGCAGGGUUCUGCACCUUUUACAGCCUCUUUGCGGUCCGAAACGCUAAUGGUUGAGGUGAAUCAUUUUGUGUUAUGAUUUUAGGUGUUAUGUAAUUCAAGCUCAGUGAAAGCAUUCUCUGAAAUAUAUUUUGUGUAUAUUAUAGCUUCUCAAAAUAAGUUAUAUUUUACAUAUCAUAAUUGCAUAUUUGAUUAUCAUUGAUAUUUGAAUUUAUGAAUUUGAAUAUUUGAAAGACGAAACAAUACAGAUAAAAAACUGGUCAAAACAGUGUGCAAGUGAGGCUGAUUAAUUUAGCUUUCGUUUUUUUUCACGACCAAAUUAAAUAGGAUGGUCUUUUUUUAUGUCUAAAUAUUUUGUAUAUGAAUAAUUCAUGAGUAGCCUGGUUAUUACGAUUGUUGACAUUCUUAAAUUCAUAGUAAUAUUAAAUUGCAAUUUGUUAACAGUAACGUUAAUUUGUUAAUGGUCCUUUUUGCUGCGUGAAAUUCAUUACAACAAUAUUCAAAAUGGUUGUCUAUGUUCAUGGCAUUAGUAAGAUUACAUUUAAUGUAUUAUAAAACAUUUAUAAUAAACAGUUUUUUGUAAUAAAUGAAGUGUUCAUAUAAUUGGCAAUUAUUGCAGAUACUUUUUUCCAAACAAUGUAAUAGUUUACUAAGUAUUUUUUGCAGUUUAACAAUGGGCAU